AUGGCAGCCAAUGCAGACAGCAUCCUCCGUGAGGUCAACAUCCUCGGCGAGCUCAACGACCAGAACAGACACAUUCUCAGCAAAGAUGCUGCCCUCUUCCUUGCCCUUCUCCACCGCACAUUCAACGAGCGCCGGAAAGCGCUCCUCCAGCGAAGAGUAAUUCGCCAGGCCGAGCUCGACAAGGGCAACCUCCUCGACUUUCUCCCAGAGACCAAGCACAUCCGCGAGAACGAUACGUGGAAAGGCGCGCCACCAGCCCCUGGUCUCGUUGACCGGCGGGUUGAGAUCACUGGCCCUACAGACCGCAAGAUGGUCGUCAAUGCAUUGAAUUCGAAUGUCUGGACCUAUAUGGCUGAUUUUGAGGACUCAAGCGCACCAACGUGGGACAACAUGAUCAACGGACAACUCAACCUCUACGACGCCAUCCGCAGGCAAGUCGACUUCAAGCAAGGCGACAAGGAGUACAAGCUCCGCACCGACCGAAAGCUGCCCACACUGAUUGCGCGUGCGCGAGGUUGGCAUCUCGAGGAGAAGCACUUCACUGUUGAUGGAGAGCCCAUCUCUGGUGGACUGUUCGACUUUGGGCUCUACUUCUUCAACAACGCACAUGAGCUUGUCAAGCGUGGCGCAGGACCCUACUUCUACCUGCCCAAGAUGGAGUCGCAUCUCGAGGCAAGGCUGUGGAACGAUGUCUUCAAUCUGGCUCAGGACUACAUUGGCAUGAAGCGUGGUACUAUUCGUGGUACUGUACUGAUUGAGACCAUUACUGCUGCUUUUGAGAUGGAUGAGAUCAUCUACGAGCUCCGUGACCACUCCUCUGGUCUCAACUGCGGUCGUUGGGACUACAUCUUCAGCACCAUCAAGCGCUUCCGCCAGAACCCAAAUUUCAUCCUGCCUGAUCGCGAUUCCGUGACCAUGACUUCGCCAUUCAUGGAUGCAUACGUCAAGCUCCUCAUCAAGACCUGCCACAAGCGCGGUGUCCAUGCCAUGGGCGGCAUGGCCGCUCAGAUUCCCAUCAAGAACGACCAACAAGCCAACGACGCGGCCAUGGCCAAGGUCCGUUCUGACAAGCUACGCGAGGUCCGCGCCGGCCACGAUGGCACCUGGGUUGCCCACCCAGCCCUGGCCGCCAUUGCAUCCGACGUCUUCAACGAGCACAUGCCCACACCCAACCAAAUGCAUGUUCGCCGCGAGGACGUGCACAUCACCGCCAACGACCUGCUCAAUAUGAACGUGGGCGGCAAAAUCACCGAGGCCGGAAUCCGUCAGAACCUCGACAUUGGCCUGAGCUACAUGGAAGCCUGGGUCCGAGGCGUCGGCUGCGUGCCCAUCAACUACCUCAUGGAAGACGCCGCGACAGCCGAGGUAUCGCGCUCCCAGCUCUGGCAAUGGACAAGGCACAAUGUGCAGACUGCAGAGGGCAAGAAAGUCACAAAGGACUAUGCCCUCAAGCUUCUCCACGAACAGGCCUCCAAGUUGAGCCAGAAGGCACCCAAAGGCAACAAGUUUCAUCUGGCAGCCAAGUACUUUGAGUCCCAGGUCACGGGUGAAGAUUACGCAGAGUUUUUGACAUCAUUGCUAUACAACGAAAUCACAAACGUAGGGCCCCCCAAGGUCGCUUCCAAGCUAUAG